UUUUUUGCGGGAAAAUCUUCCAGCUUUCUCUCGCUUCGAAGUGCAUCAAACCCUAAUUUUUAGAGGAAAUCGCACAAUGCCAAGUCCAUCUUUUGCUCCGAAUUGAACCUUCGCCCAGCAAACCACGCUUCGUUUUGUUAGAUGUUUGCGGUCUCGAGAAUGAAGGCUUUGUUUCCCCUUCAAAUUUCCCUCCCCGUGGCGCCGGCUUUCCCCAACGCUGCCGCCUUCUUCUCCGCAGCUCCCAAGUCGACCCUUUUCUUCAAUUUUCCCGCAGUUAUUCAGUUCCCUGCUUCUCCAUCUCUCAGACCCAUCAUGGGUUCAUCUGGCCCGGCGUCUUCUCGCGUUCAAAAUCGGAACUUUUGGCCGGCGGGAGCUGCGGGUGAUUCGACGGCGUCCUACCCCUCAGGCGAAAUCCACGUCAUCGUGGGUCCGAUGUUUGCCGGCAAGACCACCAGUCUCCUCCGACGAAUUCAGUCCGAGAGCGAAAAUGGCAGCUUUCAGGUUAGAAAUCUGCUCCAGUUGGAUAGAACUUUACAGGGACUUUGUUUCUCCGGGAGAUUGAAUGAAGCUGUGAGCCUCUUGUGGAGUACUGAAUCAGCCGUGGGUGAUCAAACCUAUUCGCUUAUGUUGCAAGAAUGUAUUCUCACGAGUAGGUAUAAGAUCGGGAGAAGAAUCCAUUCACAAAUGAUCAUUGUUGGCUAUCUUCCCACUGAAUAUCUCAAGACCAAGCUCUUGAUCCUCUAUGCAAAAUCCGGCGACUUAAGAACCUCACUCGUGUUCUUCGACUCCUUAAUUGAUAAAACUCUGAUCUCCUGGAAUGCCAUGAUCUCGGGAUGUGUGCAGAACGGGCUCGAACAAGAGGGGCUCAGUCUGUAUUCCGACAUGAGACAAAACGGCUUGACACCUGACCAAUACACGUUUUCUUCCCUGUUUAGAGCGUGUGGUACUCUUGCUUUGUUGGAGCUCGGGAAGCAAGCUCACAGCAUCCUGAUUAAGUGCAAGGUUAAAGAUAACGUGGUUGUCAGUAGUGCCCUUAUCGAUAUGUACUUCAAGUGCAGCGACCUAGCUGAUGGACAGAAGGUGUUCAAUGAAACUUCGAAUAGGAAUGUGGUGACCUGGACUUCUCUGAUCUCGGGGUAUGGCCAGCAUGGAAGAGUCGAAGAAGUUUUGGAAUUGUUUAGGAUGAUGAAGGAGGAAGGGUUUCAGCCAAAUUAUAUCACUUUCCUUGCUGUGUUAUCUGCUUGCAGUCAUGGAGGAUUGAUUCAUCAAGGCUGGGAUUACUUCUCAUCGAUGAAAGAUUAUGGGAUUGAGCCGAGAGGGAAGCACUAUGCUGCCAUGGUUGAUCUCUUGGGUCGGGCUGGCAAACUCCAAGAAGCUUAUGAUUUUGUUCUGAGCUCUCCACUUAAGGACCAUUCAGCUACUUGGGGUGCUUUGCUUGGUGCUUGUAGGAUUCAUGGAGAUACGGAUUUGGCAUCUAUUGCAGCUAGAAAGUUCUUUGAGUUAGAACCGGGAAAUGCUGGUAAAUACGUGGUACUGUCGAAUGCAUAUGCGAACCGUGGGUUCUGGGACCGUGUGAAAGAGAUAAGGGGGGUAAUGAAAGAGCUUGAUAUUAUGAAAGAGCCUGCUUAUAGCUGGAUUGAGAUUCAGGGGGAGGUCCAUUUGUUCUUAACUCGGGAUAAGUCUCAUAGAAAGUCGGAAGAGAUAGAGAGCUUGGUUUCCGAGAUGACGAGCGUUUUAAAGGAUGCUGUCUGUGAUUUGGAGAUCGACGAGCAUUAGAUCAUGAUAAAUUUGGAAGUUGAGUUAUAUCCCUGAAAUGUCAGACUAAUGUGGAAUCAAGAUGCUUGAUUUACUUUGUUAAAUGAAUUGAGUGGUCUUCUCUUGUCUAUGUUUUGCAGAAGUGUGGCUGUUGUGAAAUCGGACAAGGAUACAAGAUAUGGAUUGGACUCAAUUGUAACACAUGACGGUCUGAAAUUGCCCUGCUGGUCAUUGCCCAAAUUGUCGAUGUUCAGGCAAAGUCUUGGUGUUGAUGCUUACAACCAGACAGCUUAUCCGUCACAGCUGGACGUAAUUGGGAUCGAUGAAGCUCAAUUCUUUGGAGACUUGUAUGAUUUCUGCCGUGAAGCUGCUGAUCAGGAUGGUAAAACUGUGAUAGUAGCUGGACUGGAUGGUGAUUACAUGAGGAGGAGUUUUGGUGCUGUUCUCGACAUAAUCCCACUUGCUGAUUCUGUGACCAAGUUGACAGCUCGCUGUGAGCUCUGCGGGAAGCGUGCAUUCUUCACGUUGCGAAAGACAGAUGAAACAAUGGUGGAGCUGAUUGCUGGGGCUGAUGUUUACAUGCCUGUUUGCCGGCAGCAUUAUGUGAGUGGACAAGCAGUUGUUGAAGCUACAAGAGCUGUUGUAGAAGAGUCGUCUGAGAAGGUGCAGAUAGGCUAGGGUAGUAGCAGGGCUAUCAACUUAUAAUAUCCCCUGUGAUGGGGAAAUAUAUCAGUUUAGAUGAGAUUUAGGAACUUUGAAACCUUGUCAAGAACAACUGGCAAGAUGGUCUGUAAAUAUUGUUUGAUUCGUUCUCCCCAGAACUUGCAAACUUAGAAGAGGGAGGAGUAGUAGUUCUGUGAUGUUAGUUUCAAGAUUCGAUUCCUUUAUUCAAAACAUCACAAUGCUUCAUGAAAUAUCAUCCAACAGACAAGGGUAGAAUCUUCCUUUCAAAUGUUUCUGGUGUUUUUUCCUAUUAUGAUUAUGGAG